ACCCCCCCCCCCCCCCCGGGCGCGUAGCCACCAAGGAGGCCGGAUUUCUGGUCCUGCCAGACAGCGAGGCAACACGGCCGUAUGACAGCCCCCACAAUAUGGCCUCGUCACCGGAAUGAAAAGGCGGUGGUUUGCACUUCUUCCUUACAACCAUCAAGCGAUUUCUUGAAUGAAUUUUGUUCACAUUUUUUUGGUUUAUUUAUUUGUCUUUUCUGUUGAACAGCGACCUCUAGUUUUUGCUUGGUUCGUUUAGUUUGUUUAUCUCAGCUAUUAUUCCCAAGCGGUGGUCGAAGAUGCCCUUGUCGAAUGGCAAUGAAGCCAUCAACCUUUUGUCAUUAGAUGGCGGCGGCGUCCGAGGGGCAUCUUCACUUGUUAUCUUGCACGAAAUCAUGUUGAAGAUCAAGGAGAGGCAUGACUAUGCGGAUAUUCCCAAGCCGUGUGAUAUAUUCCACUUGAUAGGCGGGACCAGCACUGGAGGCCUCAUCGCAAUCAUGUUGGGAAGGCUCCGAAUGUCGACUGAAGAGGCCCUACACGAAUAUGACGAGUGCGCCCAGAAGAUUUUCUCGAACAAAAACCGGAAGCGAGGCAGCCUAUCAGAGUGGUACAAGGCCACCGCUCUCGAGAAAGUGGUUGAGGACCUUGUUAAGAGACGGGGAAUGGGAAAACUGAUGCGAGACCCCACGGACCAACCGAAAGGAAAGGCGUUUGUGUGUGUGAUGCCUGCCAAGAAGAUCGGGGAGCCGCGCCUAGUUCGGUCCUACCAAGGCAGCGACAACUGGGACAAGGACCUCCAAAUAUUCGAGGCUGCGAGGGCCACCACUGCAGCCUCGACCUUUUUCAAACCGAUGGAGCUCAAGGAUAGCGUGACUGAGGAAAGUGCCGCGUACAUCUAUGCUGCCAUUGGGUGCAACAAUCCGGUCGACUAUGUCCUCAAGGAAGCCGUCGCCACGUUUGGACCCAAUAGGCGGUUGGGCUGCAUCGUCAGUAUCGGCACUGGCACUCGCAACACCGAGGUAGGCAGGUCUCGGCGCCGUGGCUUCAGCCUGGAUGGUUUGAAGCGGCGAGGGAAAUUCGUGAUGGGGAUGCUCGGGGCGCUGAAGAACGCGGCUACUGAUGCCGAAACGCCACACCAACUGCUUGAACACAAACUGAACGGCCAUCUCAGCGCAUAUUUUCGUUUCAGCGUUCCCGAUGCAGCCGAUAAGGUCAAACUGGACGUGUACAAGAAGGUAGCCUAUCUGAAGACCUUGACAACUGAUUACCUCGCCGAAGAGGAAAUCAUCCCCAAAGUCCAGGAGACAGCCGAUGUGCUCGAGGAGGAGUCCCCCGAUCACAAGCUCACCCUUGGUCAUGUCCAUGGCCUAGAUAAGAAGCAGAUAAUCCCAACUGACGCCAAGGCUCAGUUAAUGGACACGACCAGCCAAUUCUUUACAGCCAGGGAUGAAACGCUUGACAGACUAGUGAGGUACUUUGAUCGGGGUGAGUCCAAAGACACCGAAAGACGAGAGUUUAUGCUGCAUGGUAUGGGCGGUGUUGGAAAGAGCCAGAUCGCCCUCCGGACUGCCGAGAUGCUUAAAAAGAACGGGAGUGUGAAACAUGUCUUCUGGAUAGACGGUAGCAGCACCACUACCGUUGACCAGAGCUAUGCAAACAUUGCCUUGGACAAGGGGUGGGGGGAGGCAAGCACCCGGGAGCUAAAAAGACUAGCCCUCCGAAAGAUCGGCGAGCUAUCCGAGGAAUGGUUCAUAAUAUUCGACAACUGCACCAUAAGAGACCGCAUAGCGCAUCUCCCGCUAUGAAAUACGGGAAACAUAAUCUACACGACUCAACGCAGUCUGGAACUAUCCUUAGACUUCAAGCUCGAAUCUGUAUUCCUAGUCAAGGAAUUGAAAGAGUCAGACGCCAUCGCGCUUCUUUUGAAGGCAUCUGGUCCCGAAUAUUCCCUCACAAGUCGACGAGAUGU